AAGUAAACGCAAAGAAAAAAAAAAAAAAAAAAAAAAGAAAUGCCUGUGGAGCUGUGUCUGUCGCUCAUUCUGCAGAAGGGGUUUUUAUCUGCAUAUAUAUGCAUGUGACUUGAAUACAGGCUGCCAUACUACUGCCAUAAUCAAUGCGGCAAAAGUUCAGAACAGCCUCCACCAUUCUAAUUUGCUGGUCGUAAACUCCAGACCAAGUUGACCGUUCUGAGUUACUGCAACAAAGAUUUCUUCUAUUCAGUUCUAAAGCGGGUAAGAUAGUAUUUAUCUUCAUGCCCAGAUAAAGAAGCUAUUUAAAAAAAAAAAUUGCAUGUGCUGAAUGGGUCUCGAGGAGUUUGCAAAUAGCUGGGAGCUUGGAAUCCUUACUCAGUACAUUGUAUCAUCAUCGACAAGCUUCAUAAGAGUGUGCAUCGAUCAUGAGGCAACGCAGUCUGAAUCGGCCAGAGAAUGAUCAGACGCCGUUCAUGGAUAUUGAGGCACAAAUACCCGAGAAUGGAGAAACUGAAGCCGAUUCAGAAGAAAAGAAAACAGUCACAAAAAGGGAUAUUAACCCAGUGAGGUGGCUCAUUCGGAAGUGUAAUAUCGACCCACAAGGGAGGUUCAUUCGAACUUGGGAUUUGAUAUUUCUCCUGUCUUGUCUGAUUGCAGUAUCGGUAGACCCUUUGUUCUUUUACCUUCCUGUUAUCAAUGAAGACAGAAAGUGCCUCACUUUAGAUAACAGAUUAAAGAUCACAGCUACUUGUUUGCGAUCGGUUCUGGACUUCAUCUCUCUUGGAGAUAUUAUUUUGCAAUUUAUUUGUCCUUUCACAGACGAGGAUGCUUCUGAUCAACAUGGACAGACAAAUUUAGUUAAAGAUGCUUGGCCAAUAGCAAAGAGGUACUUGUUUUCCCAGUACUUCCUAAUUGACAUUCUCGCUAUUCUUCCAGCUCCACAGGUGGCAGUUCCAAUUAUAUUUUCAGAUGUGGGAAGUCAGACAUAUUGGCAAAUGUUCUUGGGCACUGUCGUUCUCUUUCAGUAUAUACCAAGAGUUUUACGAAUCUUCCGAGUAUGGAGUAGAGUCGACAAGAGUGCCGCCAUAUUUAAAGCUGUAACAUGGUUGAAUGCUGGAAAUUAUUUUUAUCUGUACCUCUUUGCCAGUUAUGUAUUGGGUGCAUUUUGGUACUUUUCAUCCAUUCAACGACUGAUGGACUGCUGGCACUUAGCCUGUAAACGUAACAAGGGAUGCAACCGAAGUUCUCUUUUCUGUGACCACGAUGAUGGAAAUAACAUAUUUAUAAAUGAAUGGUGCCCUGUAAAAACACCAGAUUCAACAGCCUUUGACUUUGGAAUAUUCCAGGACGCCCUUCAAUCUGUAACAGCGUCACCUUUUCUUCAAAAGUGCCUGUUCUGUUCAUGGUGGGGCGUUCGAAAUUUGAGUUCUCUUGGUCAAAACCUUCAGACAAGUCCUUAUGAAUGGGAAAACGUUUUUGCAAUUUUUAUUACAAUCUUCGGCUUGCUCAUGUUUUUGUACUUCAUUGGAAACGUGCAGAUGUAUAUGCAUUUGAAGAAAUAUAGGAAGUUGGAGAUCAAUUAUAUGGAUAAGGAUGAUAAAGCAAGGAUGAAAGCUAAAGAAAAGAACGCAGAGGAAUGGAUCUCUAAAAACGAACUUCCUGAUCAUAUGAAGCAAGAGAUCAUGUCCUGUAUAAGACAAAAACUGAGAAAAAAGGAAGAUAUUGAUACUGAGAAUCCAUUCCCUCAUCUUCCCAAACAUCUUAGUACAGAGAUUAGGCGCCAUCUUUGCUUGCCCCUGCUAAAGAAAGUGCCAAUGUUUGGAGGAAAAAGUGAAAACCAGUUGCAUUUAAUCUGCGACAAGCUCAAACAAGUGUACCACAAUGACGAUAGCUAUAUUGUUCGGCAGGGAGAACCACUUGAUCGGAUGCUCUUCCUGACACAAGGAAUUGUGUGGAAAUUCAGAACGAGGGAAACUACUCUGGGCAUUGAAAAAGGUCACUUCAUUGGAGAAGAACUUCUAACAUGGGGUUUUAAUGGCUCCUCCGCACCCAACCUAUCUAAGCUCCCAAUAUCUACAGAAACAAUCAAAACCCAUACAAAAGUUGAAGCCUUUGCUCUAUUGGCCAACGUCUUGAGGACUCUAGUUCCCAAGCUGCAGGAAGAAGAUACUGUUAAAAGUGAAGCUGUCCAAGAAAACACUCCAGUUGAAGGUAAUCUUGAAAGUGCUGGAGAUGGAGACAAUGCUGGACAUCAUUCAAGAUAAGAACAACAACAAAGUCUUAAUUACGUUUUUGUAUUUGAAUUCAGAGAUUGUAUUAAUCGAUAGCCAGUGUAAUUCAAAUUCAGGAUAUAUGCACCAUAAAAUUUUACGGGUUGGUCAUCUUGAUCUCACCCUUCUCCUCA